GAAAGUCCACCGAGGAUAAUUGUGCGCGGGACAAACACGACUAGGCGUAGACUACCCGCAUCCGUGUCGACGCGUCUGAACCCGACGCGCUAGACUGCGAGAAGGAUCAGGGUACAUGUUAGAGCCUACCGACAACGACCCCAACAAAGACAAGCAUGAUGCGUACUAGCCCAUCGAACACGUGUUCAACAAGGACCAGCGGAAUGAGCGGGAGCUGGCCGAGGACGAACCCAGCAAGCAGAAGCAUGCAGACGAGUGGCUGCCGCUGCCGGCCUGUGCAAAUGGGAGAGCAGACGGGGCAGAUGGGUCGAGAGAGGGUACACGGGGCAGGCAAGUCGGCAGAUGGCACGGGCGGCGAGAUGGCAGACAACACGGCGAGACAGCAGACAAUGCGAGAGAGAAUAGACUAUGCUGCUGAUGUGACUGUGUCGACGAUGACCAUACAUUUUAGUGUAGUUUACCCACUAUUGUUACUCUUGGUACAAUGAAACAAUCAGCGCUCUCGAGCCAUUGAUGUACGAGCAAUAAUAUUGUGGCUACUGCAAUUAUCGGAAU